AUGGAGCUUCUUCCUAUUUUCAAAAAGGCCUACUGGCUUUUGGCAGGUUGCGGCCUCCUAUAUUUACUGGCUGUCCUGUCCUUAACGCAUCCUACAAUCCAGAGAGGUGUGCUGUACUCUAAUGGAAUUAACCCUUCGAAGUGCCUCGACUUAAACAAUGUUGAAUGCUUUGGGUUCCUGAAGUCGCAAGUCCAGCCCUUCACCCUUGUUACGCCUGAUAAUGAGACACUUUAUUCAUGGCAUAUUAUUCCUCCACAUCUUUACAAGGACUAUGAACAUAUUCUUUUAAAGAGUCCUCCUGAUGGACCUGCAAAAGACGUGACCAAAACGCUAGCUUUCCAGCUAUUAGCUAAAGACAAAAACGCAAGGGUCGUAGUCAACCUUCAUGGCAAUGCUGCUGACGUUGGAACUGGCUACCGUCCCAAAGUCUACCAAAAUUUCCUCUCUACAUCUACCCCAUCUCGUCCGGUUCAUGUCAUUGCAUUUGACUACAGAGGGUUUGGAAAAUCCACGGGCAAGCCUACGGAAGAAGGCCUCAUUACAGAUGCGCUUACCGUGGUCAAUUACCUGACCUCGCCUCCAUUAUCAAUCUCCCCUAGCAGAAUUAUCAUUGCAGGUCAAAGUCUGGGUACAGCCGUGGCAAGUGCAUUGGCUGAGCGCCACACUUUCGGAAACCCGUCAGACCUCUCUCCUGUAAAGGCUAAAGAGCCGUUUGCUGGAAUCAUUCUCAUGGCGCCGUUCACUAAUAUACCGCAACUCUUGCACACUUACUGUAUCAUGGGCUUUAUUCCUCCAAUUCUUUCGCCUUUGCUACAAUAUCCCCAAUUGAAGAAAUAUAUACUGGAUCGCCUCCUUGACCGAUGGGAUACUGCUGCUCGACUCGCAGCACUAACAGGUAUUGUACCAAACUAUGGCAAUUCUGGGAAUAGCUAUGAGUCGCAGCCAUUCGACCUGACCAUUAUACACGCGGUAAAUGAUCGCGACAUUCCAUGGCGCGAGGGCAGGAGUGUAUGGGACGCAGCUACUGGUGGACCAAAAGCAGCCGAAUUGGGGACCUUUACACAUAACUAUACCUCCGAGGAUGGAAUUAUCCAAUCUACUGUCUGGGAAAGGAACGAUGGCCCGGGAAAAGCAGUAAAGAGAGUUAGGUGGGAACGGGUUAGAUAUGGAGGACAUAAUGAGAUUGGAACUCUCAAUACUGUCGCUGUCGCUGUUCUGAGACUCCUUGAUAAGCAGACAUAG